GUAGGGUCCUUCGGGGAGAGCAUCACAGAGGGUUCCAUCGCCACCAUUUCCAAGCAGGCAGGCGAUGCCGUGGCGGAGGAUGACGUCCUGUUUCAGAUCGAGACUGACAAAGUGACCAUCGAUGUGCGAGCGCCACAGAGCGGCACUCUGGAAAGCGUCCUGGUCAAGGAGGAAGACACAGUGACAGUGGGACAGGUAGUUGCCAAGAUUACUGUGGGGAGCGCAGAAGCAGGGGACACAGGGGCUAAGGAUGAGUCUGCCACUGGCCCCUCCAGCGACCAGGCCGAAGCACUCGAAAAGGAGUCCCCUGUCAGCACAGACAAGGCAGCAGAGGCCGCGAAGGAGGCGUCGAGCGUCAGCGGUGAUGAUGUCAGCACUGACACAAGCGCUGAGACGCAGCCGCCGCCGCACCGCCGGCCGAGCAUAAAGUUCCCCACGCGGCGCACGCCAGAGGGCGUUGCCAUCAGCAGCCUGUCGGCGGAAGAGCAGAAAAAGUUCUUGGAAGCGCCCGAGGCGACAACUGCGCCGCAGCCGCAGGUGAAGCAGGCGCCGCAGAAGCAGGCGGCGACGUUCAGCACCGGGCCGUGGUACUCUGGGCGCGAGCGCGGCACAAAGCUGUCCCAGAGCCGCGUGCUGACAGAGCGGGAGAUGGAAAUGAUUGAGCUGGGCGGCGCCUGAAUGUUUUUCAUAUUAUGGUCCAUUGUGUCAGAUUCUAAUGCCGUAGAUAACAGUUUACUAGCAUUCCCUUAGAUCGUCUGGGUACCAACAAACCCAGGCAAGAUUUGGCAGUCAUGGUUACAGCC